GUGAGAUUUUUUUUUUAACUAUUUAAACUAUACCAAUAGUAUUGAAGCGCUACGCAAAAAAAGAGAAAAAAACAGAAAGAAAACCGCCUUAUAAAUGACAGGGAGUGUGGCAGCAGAAGAAAGGCAUGCUUGCAGCCACUAUCCGACCCCGGCGCUGCUGGAGAGUGCAUGAACACAGCCAGCCGCCGUACCUUCCUCUCUUGUUUCUGCAUCCCGCGGUGCGCAUUUAACUGAGCAACAUCUCUCCCUUUUCGCACUGCUGUUACAACAGGGGCCCUCUGGAAAGGAAAAAAAAAUGACCGAAGCCGAAACCAGGAAUCAACACGCUGACAAGCAGCAAAACGGAGAUGCCAUGGCAGAAACUGCGGAUGAUGUUUUUGACGACACCUAUAAAGAGAAAGAGGGGAAACCGCCGAGGAUGUUUGUGUGGAGAAAUAUCAUACUCAUGUCCCUCCUACAUAUCGCUGCGCUUUAUGGACUGCUUCUCCUUCCCUCCGCAUCGUGUUUAACUCUUGCAUGGACUGCAGUGUGCUACUUAAUCAGUGCUCUCGGUGUGACUGCUGGUGCACAUAGAUUAUGGAGCCACAGAUCCUAUAAGGCUUCUUUUCCCCUGCGAGUCUUCCUCGCUCUCGCCAACUCUAUGGCAUUUCAGAACGACAUAUAUGAGUGGGCGAGGGACCACCGCGUCCACCACAAGUACUCCGAGACAGACGCAGACCCCCACAACGCCACGCGGGGGUUCUUCUUCGCUCACAUCGGCUGGCUGCUGGUUCGCAAACAUCCAGACGUCAUUGAAAAGGGAAAGAAGCUGGAGCUGUCAGACCUGAAGGCAGAUGAAGUGGUUAUGUUCCAGAGACGGCACUACAAGCUCUCUGUGGUGAUCCUUUGCUUCCUUGUACCCAUGUUGGUACCCUGGUACUUCUGGGGUGAAUCCUUAAGUGUGGGAUACUUCGUCCCUGGAGUCCUGAGGUAUGCCGUGGUGCUUAAUGCCACCUGGCUGGUCAACAGCGCUGCACACAUAUGGGGCAACAGGCCGUACGACAAGUCCAUCAACCCGAGAGAAAACCCACUGGUUGCUUUCAGUGCCAUAGGGGAAGGCUUUCACAACUACCAUCACACAUUCCCCUUUGACUACGCCACAAGUGAGUUUGGCUGCAAGCUCAAUCUCACCACGGCCUUUAUAGACCUCAUGUGCUUCAUGGGCUUGGCCAAGGACUGCAAGAGGGUUUCAAAGGAAAUGAUCGUUGCUCGCAUACAGAGAACGGGCGACAACAGCUACAAAAGUGGCUGAGUCACACGGCUCCCCAUCUCUGUAACUGAUAUAAGAUGUCGAACCAAGACAGACCGUAGCAACAGGUAUAGCUGCAUUUCACUGGUGGGGUGGUGAUUACCAUGCUUCUCAUUGUAAGUUAAACCUCUUCUUGAGACUAAUAUUGGCUUUAAAGAGUUCUUGACCUUCCCAUAAAAUGUGUGGGUCUCUUUAAGUUUUGAAGUGUCCUCACUGACUAUUAGCUACAGGUAGCAACUUGGCUACAUGUGCAAGCACAGCUUUUUCACAAAAAAUAUCAAACAGGCACAAGGAAGAAUGAAGCCACUUUAGGACAUUAAAACAAGUCUGUGUGAGCAGUGUGUCAAAGCAGUAAUAAUUCACUGUAAGUUGUAUUUAUUAAUUUGCUAUUUAUUAAUAGUCUUUGGCACUUUGAGAGCUUUAUUGAAGCCCUUAAUAGUGAGGUUUCUCUGCAGACAAGAUUGAAGUUUUUUUUUUUGCCCUAACUUCUGUCAGUAAUGCUUUGUUUCAUUCCGCAAGGAGUGAAGUUAUAUCUUGAUAUUUGUCUGUUUUAAGCUAAGCUUUUCUCUAUUUUUGGUAAGCUAGUAGUCUUACUAAACUAUAGGCUGCUUUGUUUAAGGCCAACAUCAAGAUAACUGAACUGAACGAUCCCCAUUUGUCAUACCUGGGUCAUCCUGGGUGGAUGCAGUUCAAAUACUUGGGGAUACUUUGACACCCAACUGUGCCAGGGGCUCUUAAUGAGGAUUAAAUUCUCUGGUAUGGUGCAAUUUAUACCUCCGGUUGAGAUGUGAAGCCACCUCAGACUUCAUCAUUAACCCUCUUCAUGUAGGUGCCUCUGGACUGAAAGAUAAAAUCAGACUUGUCACUCUUAAACUUGCUUUUGUUUUGUAUUCAUUUGAAAUACAUUCACAAGUUCUCGCUCCCCUCAGAUUAAGGCCAAUGAGGCAUGUGUAGGAGUUGCAUUUACCCUUUUCGUGCUGUGUGAUAUUACUCAAACAUGUCAGGAGUCUUGCCCAAAAUGCCUUAUGAGGGUUGCACACCUGUUUAAAAAAAAAGAAAAAGAAAAAUGUGCAAGUUGUAGAAAUAAAUUAGGGCUUAAAAUUUUCUGUCUAAUCAGUUGUUUGAUGUCUGUCUGCUUUUACGGAACACUUGAAAAAAAACGGAAAUCUCGUAUUUAUAAUAGAAAAAAACAACAACAACAAAUCAUUAACCAAACAAAUCCUUUGCUCUAAAACAAGAUCCAAACUUAACAUUGUAAUAUUUGUCAUGAUUCCUCUUUUACAGAGCAACAAUUUUCUACAGUGUUAAAAAUGGCACAUUUUUUUCAAAGAAUGUUUUUGUAUGUAUCGUAUGUACCGUAAAUAAACCAAAUUUUCUACAUGUGACCAAGUAUGUUUUGCUGUUUUUGUUGGAAUUCUGUAAUACUCCUUAUUCAUAUACUGAAUAAAAAAAACUAUGAUCGCA